UUUUAUUUUAUAAAAGGAAGAAAAAGAUAGUGUAGGUUUUGGUGUAGCUUGUUGUUUUCAAACAUUCUCAAUACAAACUCAACUCACAACAACUCAACCUUUUCACUUCAAUUCAACUUUUAACUUUUUCUCUCUCUAAUGGAUUCCAAUUCUCACAUCAUUGCCUGGGGCUCAGGUGAAGAUGGCCAAUUAGGUAUCGGCACCAACGAAGACAAGGAAUGGGUUUGUGCCGUCAAAGCUCUCCCUUCUCAACGUCUUCGCUCUGUUGUCGCUGGUAGCAGAAACUCACUCGCCAUUUCUCAUGAUGGCAAGUUGUUUACAUGGGGUUGGAAUCAAAGAGGAACACUUGGACACCCGGCUGAGACCAAAACUGAAAACAUUCCUAGCCAAGUCAAAGCGCUCUCGCAUGUUCAUAUUGUUCAGGCGGCUAUUGGUGGGUGGCACUGUUUGGCUGUUGAUGAUCACGGAAGAGCUUAUGCUUGGGGUGGAAAUGAAUAUGGACAAUGUGGUGAAGAACCUGAGCGCAAGGAUGACAAUGGAAGACCUUUGAGGAGAGAUAUAGUGAUCCCUCAACCUUGUGCUCCCAAGCUUGUUGUUCGACAGGUUGCUGCUGGAGGAACUCAUUCAGUGGUACUUACACGUGAAGGGCAUGUUUGGACAUGGGGUCAGCCGUGGCCUCCCGGUGAUAUUAAACAGAUUUCAGUCCCGGUUCGGGUGCAAGGUCUUGAGAAUAUAAAGCUUAUAGCAGUAGGCGCAUUUCAUAAUUUGGCUCUCCAAGAGGAUGGAACUUUGUGGGCAUGGGGUAAUAAUGAAUAUGGACAACUUGGAACUGGAGAUACACAACCAAGAUCACAACCUAUUCCCGUGCAAGGCCUUGCUGGACUUACUUUGGUAGAUAUUGCAGCUGGUGGAUGGCACUCUACUGCAUUGACAGAUGAAGGAGAGGUAUAUGGCUGGGGAAGGGGAGAACAUGGCAGACUUGGAUUUGGUGAUAGUGAUAAGAGCAGUAAAAUGUUACCUCAGAAGGUUCAACUUUUAGCUGGCCAAGAUAUUGUUCAGGUGUCGUGUGGAGGUACUCAUUCAGUUGCAUUAUCCCGAGACGGACGCAUAUUUUCUUUUGGUAGAGGUGAUCAUGGACGUCUUGGAUAUGGGAGGAAAGUCACUACCGGUCAACCAGUGGAGGUGCCUAUAGACAUCCCUCCUCCACAGAAUCUCAGUGACGGUGAAGCCGAGGGAACUUGGAUAGCCAAAAUCGUCGCAUGUGGCGGCCGCCAUACUUUGGCAAUAGUAGAAUGGAAAGAAGAUGAAUCUAAAGAUUGAAUCUAAUCAUAAAUUAAAUGGAAAUUGGUAAGUAGAAUAGGCUAAUGACUGAUUUGAAAUUCAGUCCGCGAGAUAGAGUUCUUGUGUUAUCAGCAGCGUGAUGUCGGGUGUGUUUGAAUAAGCGUUUAUCGCACAAGUGUUUAUGUAUAAGUUGUUUCUAGGUUUGAUGAGCUUUUGAAGCUAAAUUUCACAUAAGCUUUGAAUUCUGAAAAGCUAUUGGAUGGAGUUUACAAAAAUAAAUCGAAAAUAGUUUGAGCGUA